AAUCCAACGUUCUAAAUUCUUAAGCUUCGGAAAUCGGUUAAAGGCAGUAGCAGAAGACCGACCUAAUCCAAACGUACUUUAAAAAUGACGGAACCGGCAUUUCUUGUUAAACAGAUAUGUGCAAAUAACGGAGCCAUUGUCUAUGAUGAUUUUAUAUCCAGUUUUAGAGGAACCGUCGCGUUUCGUCUUGUCGAUAACUUAAUCGAAGAAAGUGACCUGUUCGCAACCGUAUAUUUCAAUGGACAGAAAAAUGUUAUCGCCAAAGCCCAGCUUAGAUUGUGUAGGGCAAAGAACUGUCAAGGAUGCAUGAAUUUACAUCUUUGUAAAUUUUUUCUACUUGGUGACUGUCAAUAUAACAGAGGAAGACGAGGAUGUCGUUUUGGCCAUGACCUGAACUCGGAACACAAUGCCAGAGUCCUGCAGAAACAUAGCCUGAACAGACUGGACAGGAGGGAGCUCUGCAUACUGAUGCUCCAGAGUGACAACAGCAUCCUGCCUGCAGUGUGCCACUCUUACAACAAUGGCACAGGUCCGUACGGGCGAUGCCAAGAUGGGGAGACCUGCAAGAGGCUGCACAUCUGCGAGAAGUACCUCAGAGGGCCUUGCCAUUGUCCACGGGCACACGACUUCUACGAGCCCCAUCCGCUGAGGACCCUGCAGGAGAGGGGCUUGCCCAACGAGCUCUUGCCAUCUUUGAGGGAUAUUUACACCAACAUUGAGGCUUUACGGGAUCUGGCCAAAAGCAAUCAACCGCAGCAGAUGUCAGCUCAUGCUAAUGCUGCAGUUAGUGGCAGAUAUGGCACCAGUGAUGGCUACAGCCUCCCUAAGUCCUCAGCAGUGAAAACAGAGAUUUGCAUGUACUUUGUGAAAGGGAGAUGCAAGCAUGGAGAUUCGUGUCGGAAAGAGCACUCUAAACUGCCCUAUAAAUGGGAGGUUAAAGACGGACCUGCCUGGGUAGCUCUGCCUGACAAUGAGGAGCUAGAGAAAGAAUACUGUGACCCAGCUAAGACAUACAGCUCGGGAACUGAAACAGUCCAUUUUGACACCAUGACCCGUGGAUUUCAAUGUGUGCGGCGCCUUUCUACGGUGUCCUCAGUGGUCCAGCCUAACUUCAUUCUCACCACCACUUGGGCUUGGUAUUGGGAGGAUGAGUAUGGCAACUGGAUCCAAUAUGCUUCCUCUAGUGCCAGUCACAAUGUGGCUUCCAUCACCAGUGAAGACCUAGAGCGAAAGUUUUUGGAGGACAGCAAAACAUCAGUGGAGUUCACUGCUGGUUCCCAAACCUACAUACUCAGCUUUGAAGAUAUGAUACAGACAAAUAAACGAUAUGGCACCAAAAAGAUUGUGAGACGUCGACCUGUAUUUGUGUCUGCAGGAGAUGCUCAGACAAUCAGAACAAGCAAAACAGUGCGUGGACCACAGAUGAAUUUUAAAAUGCUACCAAGCCACUGGGAUCAGGCAAUGACACCUGAGACUGGUUACAAGAGAGUACAACUGCAGAGCAGUUCUAGUGAAUACAAGGAGAUCCAGAACCUGUUCAAUGACACCAUGCAAGUUUUCAGAAUUGAGAAAAUAGAAAGAAUUCAAAACAAGGCCCUGUGGGAAGUAUUUCAGUGGCAGAGGGACCUCAUGAUAAAGAAAAAUGCUGGGAGGAAUGUUGCAGAGAAAAAGCUAUUUCAUGGGACUGACCCCAAACACAUAGAUACCAUCUGCCUCAAUAACUUUGACUGGAGAAUCUGUGGCACCCAUGGCACAGCCUAUGGGAAGGGCAGCUAUUUUGCCAAGGAUGCAAACUACUCCCAUAACUACACUGGAGACUCUGCAAGCCGAUGUAUGUUUGUUUGUCGGAUUCUGGUGGGAGACUUCACUGUAGGCCACUCCAGCUAUGUCCGCCCUCCCUCCAAAGACGGUGGAGAUACCUUCUUCUACGACAGCUGCGUGAAUGACUUUCACAGCCCCUCCAUAUUUGUGGUGUUUGAGAAGCACCAGAUCUACCCUGAGUAUCUCAUUCAGUACACUGACGCAAGGCUCUCGUCGGCCUCCUUUUACAAUCCAAGACCUGCUACUGUAAACAGGGCACCUCCUCCAACUCAGCCAGCUGCAGUUACCAGAACUGCAGCCUCGACUCCUUCAUACAACCCUGCACAAGUGUCAUAUUCAACCUCCGUUUACCAACCAACACAUGCUGCUGUAAAUAGGGCACCUCCUCCAGCUCAGCCAGCUGCAGUCACCAGAACUACACCAUUAUAUUCAUACUCAAUCCCUAAAUCCACACCACCUCCUAAACGUGAUAAUUCCUGCACUAUCUGUUGAGGGGAUGGCUUAAGUAAUUCAGCUAAAGUCAAAACCACAGUGACAAUGCUACGUGGCAUUAAGAAGUGCUUGUCUGAGAUGUUAACUCUUUGAUAGCAAUAAAUAAUUUACUUUAUGGCACCUGAACUGCAAAGCUUAAGCACAGAAUUCUACAAUCUAAAUCUGGAUGCUGGUAAAGAAGCCUUUGAGAAUUAAUUCUGAUUACUGGCUUUUGACUCAGGCUUUAUGACUCAGCAUGAAUAUUAUUCAUAUCUGAAUUUGUCACAUGAAUUACAGCAAACAAUUGUUUAAUUCAUUUAAAAUUUUUAAUAAAAUAUAUUACUCUAAUGAUGUCUGAUAAUCUUCUGAUUGAAAUAUUAAUCUUAAAAUACAAACAUUAGAGAUAUAUCUCAUUUUGUAACACUUCCAUUCUUAUGUGUAAUACAAAUGUUGGGCUCUAUAACUGCUCAUAAAUAAUCAGCCCUAUUUUCAAAGAUAUGGUAAGACUAUGUCUUAAGCUUUCUGUAUAAUCACAAUUUAGGUGUGAUAAUCUUACUUACUAUCCUUCAAAGAAUCCCCUAAUAAAUCAGCACAAUACAAAGAU